AUGGAAAAAAAAAAAGCCAUUGGAGAGAUUCAGCAAACAUGUCUUUCUUAUGCAACAAAAAUUGCAAAAGAAGAAAUUGACAGAAUAUGUCAAGAUAUGUAUAAACAACAAAAGCUUAAAACUAUAAGCAAGGAUUGUUGUAACAUUCUGUCUGAUUUCAAAGAUUUUGAUAUCGGAAGAAAAACUUAUACUAAGAAAAAGUAUAAAGAUAAAAACAAAAAGAAAUACAAAUCUUUUUGGAAGAAGAAAAAGAGAAGAUUUUCUCCAGGAAAAUACUUCAAAAAAUCUUCGAAAGAAACACCUAAAAAGAAUACUUCCUGCCCACAAGGAAAGAAAAAAUGCAGGUGUUGGAUUUGCAACGAAGAAGGACACUACGCUAAUGAAUGUCCAAAUAGGAAAAAGUACCCUGACAAGGUCAAGGUAUUAAAAGCUGCUAAUAACGGAGGCUAUGAAGCUCUUGAAGAAGAAUACGACGGUAUACAACGUGUUUUCAUUCUACAUGUUGAUACUAAUUCCUCGUCAUCCUCAGAAGAAGAUGAAACAACUAUUGAUGACUCAGAAUAG